AUGUCAAAGGACGGAUACGGAGCAGCCUUCCUGUCGCCCGCUGAAAAUAGUCUCGGUGCAGUCAUGGCCGGCCCGGUUGCCUCGGAUGUGGAGCUCCUACUGGAGGAGGAGGAUCGCCCUGCACGCAGCCCAUUCACCUUCCCGCGUCGUGCGGCCUUGGCUCUGGGCUGCGUUGGUUUGGUCACCGUGGGCAUCCUGGCACGUGGUGGCGCCCGCGGAUUGCGCAGCAAGUCGGGUGCAUUCGUCAUGCUGGAAGCCAACACCGACGAUUGCUAUGAGGCUUCCACUUACUACAGCAGUCCCACGAGGAUGGCUGGAAGUGAGAGGACCGUCGAGCUGAGUGUGGAAGCUUGCCAACAGCGCUGCUUUGCUGUUUCUGGUUGUGCACACUUCACCUACUGGCCGGAUGGAGGCUGCCUGUUGACGGAUGGCUCAUCAGUUGCCUCGCCUGCCCCUGCGAAGUAUUCAGAGACAGUGGCCGGACCGCCGUACUGUGGUGAGAAGCCGGAUAUCGUGGACACCGUUACCUCCGGAGUUCAGGGGGCCGCGGACACCAUCAGCUCUGGAGUUCAGGGGGCUGUGGACACAGUUUCCUCUGGUGUUCAGGGGGCUGUGGACACAGUUUCCUCCGGAGUUCAGGGGGCUGUGGACACAGUUUCCUCCGGAGUUCAGGACACCGUCGACAAUGUGGCGGCCGGAAUCCAGGACGCUGCCGAGAAGGCCAGCAUUGAGGUGCCGACUGUGCUGCCCCUGGCAGUCCCUGGAAUCAAUGGCACGAUGUGCGCCAAGUACCCUGCCUGUGUUGCUGCUGGCAUCGAGGAGGGCAACUGCUGCCCAAAUGACGAUCACGUGGCGCUUGGCUGCUGCAUGGGCUUUGCACCUGUCAUUGCAGCGCCCAAGAUUGCUCCAGGGUCAGAGUGCACCUCCUUCCCUUCAUGCGUCGUGCUGAACAUCACCGGCGCCUGCUGCCCGACUCCCGAUGGCACACGCCUGGGCUGCUGCGACUCCAUCUAG